AUGUACAUCCGAAGGGAUAAACUUGUAUCACAGAUACCACAGCAACACCCAUAUCUUAAAGCACCAAUCUCCAAAUUCUCUUCCUUCCCUCACGCCCAUGGAAUUGGCUCCACUCAUCAUUGUCCUCACGCCACCCGUUUUCCUUCUCCCAUUCUCCAUCAGCUCACCACACCACUCUUCCACAUACUCCUCUUGGCCGCAAUAUCACUUACUCUACUCCACUACUUCUUCUUCCACUACCACUAA